GUUCGUCGUGAGUUUCGUGUAGGCGCUCUGUGCUCGAGCCAGCAGCAGUAGCACCAUACACAUCUUCGGGAGCAUUAAAAAAACUAGCAAUUCCGUAGUUGAAGAAAUAUUAGCAAUACCCUGUCGUAAAGGACCAUUGUUUCACGCGUAAGUCAGUAAUCAUAGUGGUUUUAUUAAUAAUUUUUCAUUGGGAAAGUGACGUAAGAGCAAUCCGGCAGACAGCGGUAAAAAGAUCAAUGAGAAAGAGGAAAAAAAUAGUGUCUGGCGGAGGCUAAAUACACUUGGUCGUCGUCGACCGGUGCCCAUAUAGUGAGUGUCGCCUGUCAGUGAAUUGUGCGCGGGCGCGCAUGAAUACCCCUCUCUCUUUCAUUAUUCCUCAGUAAUCUCACAUACUUUCGUAUGGUUACUCCAUAUCCCUGUUAGCUAAAUCCCCAUGCGUGUACUGGAGUCAUAUGUUUGCUAUUUUCUCCGACACAAUGAAAAACUCUAGCCAAAGAUACCGUACUCCCUCAGCAUCACGUAUAUUUCUCUCGCAUAUUAUAACAUCGUAGAUAAAAAAUAAUAUCUCCCUGAUUGAAUUUCUCCCGUCGUUACAAAGGAUUUUAAAAAAUCAUGUGCAUGUUGUGUGCAGUUUGAUAUUCACGAAUAAAUAUUGAAUUUUAAUGAUAAUGUUAAAAUAAAAAAGGAAGGAAGGAAGUUGUGUGUGCGCGUGGAAUAAAAUAAGUGUUCCUCCUUCAAACAUGUCAAUAAUUCAGUGUAACGUUGUCGCAGUCAUCGGAGGCCCACGGCUUACGCACGAGUUUUCAUUCGAAAAGUGGAGUAAAUAAGAGCGCCGAGUGGUCCUUGGACCGGGUGUAGAAACGUUGGAGGAGGAUGCUUGGUAGCUGGAACUGGCGAGAAGACUUGGAGUUGGGAGUUGCCAAGGGUAUUGUCGUUAAAACGAUUAAAAUUAACGUGAGAAGCGAGAGUCCGGACUCUACGCAUCCCGUUCCCGACAGCCGGGUGCUGAGGUAUGCACCCAGCCGUUGUCAAACCACCAUCCAAUCGCCGAAUACCGGUCUCCAGCCUCCUCGCGACUGUAUGGACUAGCAGCGUGAGGUGGCAACGAUGCUGACGGCACACCCCGAGAUGCACGAAAAGCGCGACGGCCUUGGGGGGGUUCAGUACGUAAGUGUUGGCGGUGGUGGUGGUGCAACGAUGGAUGAGAAAACAGAUCAGCCACAGCUGCCCCCGCCACCGCCGCAGCGUGAUCCCUCAGAUCCAACGAUGAGCGCUAAAAAAAUUCCAAAGAAAAGAAAAUUUGAUCCGUCCGAACUCGAGGACAUGGACAAAGUAUGUAACGUCGUCAGUAAUGUUGGCAGUAUGAUGAAUUUACGUCAGGCAUUGCCACAGGUACAGUUAUCGUCUGGAAGCCAUCAGUUACAUCCACCAUUGGCAAUGACACAGUCUCAGCAUCAGCAACAGCAACAACAACAGCACUCACCACAUCAAUCACCAAAUCAUCAAUCGAAUAAAACAAUUGUAACAGAGUGCUAUCCAAUAGUGCAGAGUGUCGUUGUUCAGCCACCACCUCAGAGUACAGCUGUUGAUUAUUCACUGCGUGAUGAGCCACCACGUCAACGUCCAAGGCCCUCAACAAUUACGAUUGAUCUCAGCGAGUGGCAGAACCACCGCGUAUUAGCUUUAAGGGACACGCGUUAUUAUCCUGGUGUUAUUAGAAACGCUGGUCAUGGUGAAGUUUAUAUUGAGUUUGAUGGUGAAGGUAAAUUAGUGAGAUAUAACGAUAUACUUGGUGCUGGUAAAUACGAUAUUAUUGCUGAUGCUAGCCCAUCAAUUGGCCAAGUUAAAUUGGACGCAACAGUGUGCAUUAGAUGUCCAACAAAUAGUGGUUUAGAUACUAUGACUAAUGUAUUUGUUAAGGGGAGUGUGUGCAACAUAUUGACUGGACCUCAUCGUUUUGUUGUUAAAUUUCAACGUGAUGAUGAACAGUGUGAAAGUUUUGUGGUUAAAAGGGCGGAUUUAAGAUUAUUCAGGCCCCCCUGGUGGGAUGAACUUGAAGAGGGGCUGGGGGAAUCUGAACCUAUGAGAAUUGAUCCCGUUGAUCAUGGAUUUAGAAGUUCAGUUGAAGUGCCGGUCACCGGAUCCACUCAUCCACUUCAUCAUACGCCCCACAUCCCCUCCCACAAUGACUCCGUCGGUUACUAUCGUACAACAGGUACGAGUCCCCUCAUGACACUAGGUACACCAGCACACUCUGCUAAUACAACGCUCAGCAAUGGGAAUCGACCUUAUGAUGAUCUAGAGAGUGACGAUGAUCUCGAUAGGGAAGACAUUACAUUUCCCUCUGAUGCAGAUGUAAAAUUAUCAGGGAGCAGUAAACGAAGCAGUAUACAGAGCCGAGGGAGCAACAGUAGUUUGAUGGAACAGCGUAGUAUAACUCCACGUUCACAGGCGGCCACACCCAGAUCUCAGGCGGCGACGCCACACAAAUAUAAAAAGGGUGACGUAGUGGUAACGCCAAAUGGAAUUAGGAAAAAAUUUAAUGGAAAACAAUGGCGAAGGUUGUGCAGUAAGAAGGGUUGCUCGAAGGAGAGUCAAAGGCGUGGCUAUUGUUCCCGUCACCUCUCCUUAAAGGGUUCAGAGCUUCGGGGCCCAACAAGCACAUCUCAUGGUGGUGGUGAAGAAACAUCUCGUGAUUCUGAUACAUCACCAAAUUAUGGUGAUCGUCGUAUGACAGGACGAUUCGAUCCGGAGGAAACAGAGGCAGCAAAUAUGCUUGUCUCCCUGGGUAGCUCACGUUCAGCGACCCCGGCUUACUCGUCACCAACUGCCCAUUCCUCAAUUUCACCCUGUAUCAGUCAAUCUCCAGUGCCACCACUCGGAUUAAACCAAAAUAAUGUUUUUAUGCCAAUAUCCAGUCCUGCCGCCCACCACGCAGCCUCUCUUAUAUCACCAGGUGCCAAGUGGAAGCACUCACCAACCCAGUCACAUUUUGCUGUGCAAUAUCAACAACAAGUGAUAAAACCCGAGCCAAAUCGUAUGGUGAGGCCAAAUAGACCAGCACCAACAGCACCAGCACCUGCGCCAGCCCCAGCCAGCAUUGGAACAAGUGUAAUACGUAUAUCGCCAGUUGGAAGAAGUAUGCCAAUUCAAAAUUUAACACUUUCCUGGUCUGAACAGAGCCCACCAGCGCGACAUCCAUCCGUCGUAACAUCUAUGGCUCAACAACAAGCCCAACAGCAACAGGGAAUUAUCCUUCAGCAUGCUCUCACCUCAAAUAAUGGUUUUGCAACUCAUUCAGAUAUUCCCGAACAAAAUGCCCAACUUUUGAAGCCACCCCAUUCACCUCAUAUCCCUUUGUCGGCUCCACCACCUCAAAAUUUAAGCCUCAAGUCCCAAGAAUUACCGGUUGACUAUGCACAACCCCAGGGCCAACCGAUAUAUGUUAUGCAAACGCAUAUACAGCCACAGCCACCAGCAGUUGCGCCUACGCAAACGCAGCAACAAAUAUCUCAGGUGUCUCAACUUGAUAAAAAAUAUUUAGUGAUUAAAAAUGGAAUCGAAGUACCAUCAUCUGGACUCGUUGGCGCUCAGGAGGAUAAGUACAGACAAGGAAUGUUGAAUCAUAUUGGACAGAUGCAAACACUCACAGGAAAUACCUGUCAACCGCAGGCACAGGCCAGUGUUAGUGUUGAACAUGUUGAGAAGAUGACGAUAAUACCACAGACUACUAAAACUGGACUUCACAUAUCAUCUCAUCCGGAAGUGCAGAGAAGCUCCUCACUACAACAACCACCUCCCCAACAGCAGCGGCAGCAACAACAACAAUCGCAACAGCAACAGCAACCGCAUCACCAACAACAACAGCCACUUUCAACGAGCGUUGUAAUGUCCACUGCCACGGCAGUAACAAGUACAUUAACACCUACUAGCGUCUUCCAACAUGUUAUCGUUCAACCGAGCCAUUUGACUCAAGCACCGAAGGGCGGAUUACCACCGAGGGAGGACAAUGGAAAGACCAAUGGAGUUGUCUAUGGCAGCCACGAUGUUCCGCCUCUAUACCAGCCCCAUCCCCCGCCAUUGCUCAACAAUUCAAUGCGCAACUGGAAAAAAGCUUUUUCCUGGCAGACGACAGUGCUAGAUCAGCCAGAAGUGAGUCCACCCCCAUCAGCGCUGAGCCCACCUCUGAGUGCACCACCGAUACCACUGAGCAUGGGGAAUCCUGGUGAUGAGGCUAUUGGCCCUGGCCCGGAUCCCAUAACACCGGCUGAGGAGGAGGACGAUGAUGUUUUUGAGACUGAACCUAUCACGCCUGCUGAGAUCGAGGCCAAUUCAAAUAAACGACGAAGUCAAUCACUGAGCUCAUUGCACACCAAAGAUCCACAGAGUCCGUUGAAGACAAAAGACCGUAUCCGUCGACCAAUGAACGCCUUUAUGAUAUUCUCAAAACGCCAUCGAGCAGUUGUCCAUCAGAGGCAUCCGAAUCAAGACAAUCGUACAGUGUCAAAGAUCUUAGGUGAAUGGUGGUAUGCAUUGGGGGGUGAAGAGAAACAGAAAUAUCAUGAUUUGGCCUCGGAAGUUAAAGAAGCACAUUUCAAAGCACAUCCAGACUGGAAGUGGUGCAGCAAAGAUCGAAGGAAAUCAUCUACAACGAGUUUCAAGGGCAAUGAAUCGAGGGGAAAAUUAAAUAGUACGGGAGAGGAGAUGGAUAUGGGACCACCCAGUGAGGAAAUACCAUUGACGCCUCGUGCGUCUGAUGACAUUUAUGUACCAGUAACUGCAGUCUAUAGUGAUACACCAAGUACAGAGGCUGUGAACCAAGCCCAUUCAUCUCACAGAAUUCCCGAACCUCAACAACUGAUGGAUACGUCUGAGUCAUCCGUCAAACAAGAGGAAGAUGGCAAUGGAUCCGACGAUGAACAACAAAUGGUGAUAUGUGAGGAUCCGCAGCCAGAUAGUGAAGUUAAAGUCAAGGAUAAGCCGUCAGAGAGUGAUAAUGAUGGACAGGACAAAGAGGGAGAUGAGAAGAACUUUGGAGGGCGGUUUUCACCCGUCGACGGUGGGAAAAGGGACGUCCAGGGAGUUAAAACUGAGGUUACAUGUCGACCCAAGCCAAUUAAAGCCUCGCUCCCGUCGACAGGUAUCGAAACAACUACCAAGUAUCAUCAUGCAUCCAUUGAUAAGGGCGGCACUGUCUCAGUGCUCUCUACUUAUCCUUAUCACAGUCCCGUUAAUCCUACUGGUGUUUCGGGUUUUCAACCAAAGGGUGGUGCAUUCAUAACUAUGCCGAUAUCACCUAAAGUCGUUAAACCAGAGCCAGUUAAGGGAGAUCAGCAAUAUAGCACACAGUAUUGUGUUAAUAAUCUUGUUGCUAAUAUUCACACUGAAAAUGGGAGGAAUGUACCAAAAUUUACGGCUGCAUCUGUUUUACAUUCGAUUGGAACGAAACCGAUGAUGGCACUGUUGAAGCAGCAACCAAUGCAAUCUUCAACUGUCCAUCGUACCCAACCAUCGACCGUUCCUUUUCAACCCCCGAUCACUCUUACACUACUCGAUAAUGAUUUGGUGGCCGUUUCUAAACAACAGCAGGGCUCACAGUAUCUUGGAACGACCGCACAACACCAGAGGAUGUUUAUACCUGGAUUUCAUAUACCUAUUUCUGAAACUGGGAAUCGUAAUAUAACGAUUCAGAACCUGGUUCCUGGCAACAAGGUUGAUACACCAAGUGUUAUUGUUACGAAAUCUUACUCUGUAACAACAUCCUGUCCAAGUACUCCGAGUUAUCGAGGAAUCGGUCAUUCUAUCGCUAGGCUUGCUGAAUCGGAGAAAAAAGAAAAUCCUGUAGUCACGAAUCAUGCCCAUUUUUAUGAGCAAGAGCGGAAGGAUGGAGUCGGUAAUCUGCUACCUACAACAAUGGACAAAGGCAAGCAGCCAUCGACUCCCCAUACACCCCAUACGCCUCACAGUACUAAUCAGAAUAGUGACAACUCAUCGGGUUUCACGGUUGAAGAUUCCACCCUUAGGAAUAUUGAUGCUGGCCAGAACAAAGGGCCAUUUAUGCUGGCGCCGACCCCCGCUCAACUUGGUCGAGCACCACUCCAAAGAAGACAGUCACUGGCAUAUCCUCCUACAUCGAAUGCAGGAGACCAAGGGAAUUCUCAACAUUUUGAUACCCGACCAUCAACAAAUCCACCAAUUGUUGAGCAACAGCAACAACCUCAGCAACAGCAACAACAGUCACAACAGCAACCACAACAAUCACAACAACAGCAACAGCCACAGGUUAAACUUGCUGAGCCUCAAGCACUGCCCUCCCCCAUGACUAAAAAAGGAUCUUUCUUCAAGAAAAACGUUGAAGAUGGAAUGGACAGGGUACUUGAGCAAGUGAAUUUCGAAGAAAAAUUCUCAUCAUUACCAGAAUUUAAACCAGAGGAUAUUCAGAGCCCAAGUGCAAUAAGUAUGAAUACACCAGUGGGCUCUUCGGUUCAUACUCCAGGCACUGCUGGACUUCAUCCCCCUAAUCUUUCAUCGUCGCUUCAGGGGUAUAAAAAGAAAAGUGGUCAGGGACCUCAUAGAUCUCUGCUUAAUGAGGAAGACGGAGAAUCCGAUGUUUCCGCAACGCCAAAAACGGCGGCCAGUGUGAAACUGACUGGAAACACAUUCUUCGGUCCAGACUUCAACGUCGAUGCAUUCAGAAUAAAUCCUGAUCUUGGUGGUGAUGUUGAGGCUAGUUCGCCGAGAACACCAAAGACUCCAGGUGGGGGCGGUGGUGGAGUAGGGACAGGCAGGAAUGAUAAUGAACGGGGACCUCGAAAAGUUCUUGAGCAACGUAGACAAUUAGUUAUGCAGUUAUUCCAAGAUCAUGGAUAUUUCCCGUCUACGCAGGCCACAUCAACAUUUCAAGCUAAACAUUCUGAUAUAUUUCCAAAUAAGACGAGUUUACAAUUGAAAAUUAGAGAAGUCAGACAGAAAUUGAAGGCCAAUUGUGCAACGCCAAUGAGUGCUAGCAAUUUAGUUAGUCCUUUGCCUGUCUCGGAGCCAUCACCUAGUGUUGCUGGACCCUUGACAGCUCCUCCAACGUCGAUGGGAGCUCCACUGUCACUGCCUGUGAGCAGUAGUGGUAGCUAGCGCCCAUGUGCCAACUGUGAUACAUUGAAUCCCCUUACUCCACAACACGAGUACAUCAUAAUCCUUUGAUGACAAAAUGGUGUUUAUUCGGUAAAGAAAAAAUUUGUCAAGCUGAGGAUAAGCGAAGAUUAAUUAUGGUUAAUGUACAGUUCUUUCCCUCCUCCAGAACACGUUAUGUUUCCUUUGAUUUGAUUCGUGGAAUGCCAGUGCAAUUUGAACAUGUCAAGAGUGAAAGGUUGUAAUUGGAAUAAAAUAGGCAUAGGUAGGCAAUAACAAGUCGAGGAGUAUUGUUUAAAGGCGUGUUAAUAUACGGCCAUCAGUUGAAUAAUGAAUUAUUAUCUGUACAUAAGAUAAUAGUGUUCGGUAUUGUUCGGAAAAAAUAGGAAAGAGGAGAAGGAGAAUGCAAAGAUAAAAAUUAAUGUGUUCAGAAAAAUUGUGUUCUAAGGUACAUGUUGAACAAAUCGAGGGAACUAUUUCGGGGCUUUGCAAAACAAUUCAGCUUUAUGAAGAAAUAUUCACUUACAAUGAAUGAAAUUAAUCGAUAUUGAUAUUCAAGAAUAUAUUUUUUCAAAAUCAGGUAAAGUAAGAGAAAAGUCAAAAGAUGUAAACUACAUGAAAACCAUUUGUGAAAAUUAAUCAAUAUUUUUGUUUCAAUGAACUUUUGGCAUGUGAACUGAUAUCCGUAGAUUAACUCGCUAGGGGCGAAUUUAUAUAGAAGGCCUAUGCUAUUGUUGAAUAUUGUUGAAAAAUGUGCUAAAAAUAAUACAAAUCAGUAUAAUGGUUGGAUUGUCGUGCAGACGUAAAGAUAGACAAGUGCGUAAUCAUUCAGAGAGUAUAACAUUGAUUAACGAGGAAAAGAAAAAUAUAAAGAAAAAAUCAGAGUUUAUAUACACUAGUUAUACUCUAAAUAUAUAUAUAUAUAUAUUAUAUAUAUACACUACAUAAGUAACAUAUAUUAACGAGUACAUUGCACAAAAUGUCUACGUUGAAAAGAAUCAUCGCAAAACAAAAUACCCUAGAUAUGGUUGUGUUUGUUUUUCAUUGUAAAUAACUGGUAAAGAGUUGAUAGAGUGAUUAUAAUUCCAGAUAUUUUGAGGGAUAACAAAGGACUGCUGAUUUUUCAAAUUUGUUAAUGAAUUUCCUGGUAAAAAUAUCGAUAAUUAAGUGAAGGAAAUUUAUUUCUCGAUUUGCACCAUUAGCGGUUUUCUGUUACUCGUUAAAAAGGAGAGAGAAGAAAAUAUGAGUUACACUGGUAUCUUGAGCCUCAAUGAAGUUUUUAAAAGGGUUCGAGGCACCUUUUUCCGAUGCAUAGAAUAUUUCUAGAUUAACAGGCAUAUAGAUAAAACAGAAAGAAAAUUUUUAAAGUACAUAAGGAGUGCCAUCCUGCGGCUAAAAAAACGAUAUGAAAUCAGAGAAGGCAGGCGAUUAUUUUCUUGUUAGUAACUAUCAAUUUUGGUAAAAAAAAAUGAGAAUAAUAUGUAGAUGAAGUGUAACAUGUUUCCGAUAUUUCCGAAAGUACUUAUCGACUGUUUUUAGAAGUCUGCCAAGGGUCAAUGCAUCUUACGGUUGUUUUAUGGCUCUCUUAUUAUCAUUAAUAUCUUUUCCUUUCACUUGGCCAAUGUAUGGAUAAGUUUUUUAUAUUACCCUUGCAAUUUUAAGUGUGUCCCUCCCGGUUUUUCUUUUUUUUGGCCAUGACAACGGAUUUUACAUUAACUUGUUUACUACUUUAUCAUUAUUAUGAAAGGAAAAGUAUGAAUUUUGUUGCUGAGUUUUAAGAUCUCGUGUUUUAUCACUAGGCAGGAGGAUUUCCGGCAGUUUAUACGUCUUUAAAAAAAUAUGAUUUUACACAAUUCAAAUUUACAAUAGUUUUUUUAAUUGCGUUUUAACAAAACGAUUAUUGUCAGUGGAAUUUUGAGAACUGGUUAAUUUUUCUCCAAUCAUGUUUUGUAUUAUUCAGUUUUCUCCUCAGCUGUUGAUGAUAUGUUGAUAAUUCAAUGUAUUCCAACGUCAUUUCCGAAUCAUUUUCGGCUUUUUAUACCUAUUACUACGUCGUCUACAUUGUAAAGAACGCGAUGCUGUCUUCAGCGUAACGCAGCACGUCGUGUGAGUCAUAGGUAUACGAGAGUUAAUGGAGAAUGUUAUUUUACAAUAUUAAAAUUAUCGUUGAUUUUUUUUUCUUUUAAGAAUGCGUAUUUUUCUCACAAAGCUGCCUGAGAAAAAAAACUGCAUUGUACCUUGGCAGAGAUUUGUUGAAUUUGGCUGUAAUGUAGAUCAUAUAUUAAAAUUAGUAGCAGUGAUGUUCACUGAGAUAGGUAAUCCUUCGAAGUGAAUUUUCAAGUAUCUCGAGAUAAGGCACGAAUAUUUUUUCCUUCUUUUCAAGUAAGCAAAUGGCGAAGAAAGAGAGUGAGUGAAUGCGUGAGUGGUGAAAAAGAAGUGGUGUUUAUCCGACAUAUUUUGUAAAUAGGAAAAAAUAUAAUAAAACUCACUAAACACGUUAGAAAAAACAAAUAUAUGGAAUAAAUGAAAGCCUAGGGUAGGGAAAAAAAUCAUAACAAAAAUCUAUAUAUGUACAUAUAUAUAAAUAUAUAUUGAAUGAGUAUUAUCAACUUCUAUGAUAAUAUGUACAUAUAUACAUACAUAUAUAUGUAUAUAUUUACAUUAUACAUUUAUCAUCGUACUUUGCAGAAAAAUGGUGUUAAAAAGGAUUGACUGGAGAGACCGAAGAUAAAGCAGCAUUAGAGAUAAAUGAGGAAGAAGUACAUAUAUAGUUAUAAUUCGAUGGGCCUUUAUAAAUGUUAAACUUUUCCGCACUCAGAAAUGCUCUCCCUCCCACGCAGUUCUUGAAACUAAGAGCAAUCUUUCAUUUUUAUUAUUUCCUUUUCCUAAUUUCUUUCAAAGAUACAGUUUUGACACUUUAUGUUACGCGCAUAUGUCAUCAGUGAUACGUUCCCCUGAUCAUUCAUUCAACGUAUGUAAUUUUUCAGGACAAAGAUUGAUGAAAAAAAUAUGGACAGUGCGUGAAAAUUAUAACCGCAAUAUGAGAAAUGCUUCCGUGUGAAAUAAUCAAAUCACUUUCACGUAAACGUGCUUCCUGUAAAUAUCUAAUCCGAAAUCACAUUUUAGCUAUCACAAUCUAGUUGAUACAUUCCUGGAUGAAUUUAAAUUACUACAAUAAAUCUUCCAAAGAGUAUUUAUCACUGUGAAAAUGUUAUUUCACUCAAAGUAUUUCUCAUCAUUGAGUCUCGUUCAUAGAAUUUUUAAUGCCACAAUUAUUUUGUACUUGUCUAGAAACUUGUCGAAGAUAUUUUCCAGAUAUAUAAGUUUUUUGAAAAUU